UAAGACCAGGCCAUUUUCUCCUCAUUUUUGUCUGUACGGUAGCCAGUAGAUCUGACUACACCAGAAGGGCUCAGGAUGCUGCUCCAAACUGUCCUGCUGCUCUUAGUUCUGCACUGUCAUGCUGAGGUUACCACAGCUGAAGAACCAGGAGUCCCGCUCCCUCCUCCCAAGGGGACUUGUGAAGGUUGGAUGGCAGGCAUCCCAGGACAUCCUGGCCACAAUGGAACACCAGGCCGUGAUGGCAGAGAUGGUACUCCUGGUGAGAAGGGCGAAAAAGGAGAUGCAGGUCUUCUUGGUCCUAAGGGUGAGACAGGAGAUGUUGGGGGGACUGGAGCUGAAGGGCCCCGAGGCUUUCCCGGAAUCCCCGGCAGGAAAGGCGAGCCUGGAGAAGGCGCUUACGUGUAUCGCUCAGCAUUCAGCGUGGGGCUGGAGACUGGAGUCACGGUGCCCAAUGUCCCCAUCCGCUUUACUAAGAUCUUCUACAACCAACAGAACCACUACGACGGCAGCACUGGGAAAUUCUACUGCAACAUCCCCGGGCUCUACUACUUCUCCUACCACAUCACAGUGUACCUGAAGGACGUGAAGGUGGGCCUCUUCAAAAAGGACAAGGCUGUUCUCUUCACCUACGACCAGUACCAGGAAAAGAAUGUGGACCAGGCUUCUGGCUCUGUGCUCCUCCACCUGGAGGUGGGCGACCAAGUCUGGCUCCAGGUGUACGGGGAUGGGGAUCAUAACGGACUCUAUGCAGAUAAUGUCAAUGACUGUACCUUCACUGGCUUCCUCCUGUACCAUGAUACCAACUAACUCAGAGCUCCCAAUGGCCUAAGUACCCCCAAGAAUCAAGGAACAGUCAGCAGGCUUCCAGCAUAGUUUGAAAGAUUGAUUUUAUUGUUGAGUUUGAGGGUUCUGAAUAUUAUCCGCAUGUGUACUCAUUCAUUCAUGAAAUGGCUUUAUUAAAAAAAUCAUUUCUGUG